GCUCAACUGCAACAUGAAACGUAUGGAGCGCCUUCGGCAACUCUUCUCUUUGAGGGAGGAUCGUGAAUAGAACCGAAAUAUUACCAGGCGGACAUACGGCGAUUCAAAUAUAUAAACUCGCUAAUGCGGAGAACGGCUCGAAUCCCUCAAUGAUCAAGAUGUGCUUGCUCGCCUAGGAUACAAGCAAGAGUUCAAACGAGACUUUAGUCGACUCGAACUUGCUGGUCUGUCAUUCAGUAUCGUUGGUGUUGUUCAGUCUAUUGCUGCUGUUCUUCUCUUUUCCAUACCGUAUGGAGGUCCAGUAGGCAUGGUCUGGGGGUGGUUUACGUGUUGUGGUUUCUUGAUCUUUGUGGGGAUGGCAAUGGCUGAACUCGGAUCGGCGGCCCCAACCGCAGGCGGCCUUUACUAUUGGACCUUCAAGUUCUCCGCUCCUCGGUAUCGCAAGCUUCUUUCGUGGCUAAUUGGAUACAUCAACACCGCGGCAUAUAUUGCAGGCGUUGCUAGCGUUGAUUGGGGUUGUGCUACGCAGCUCAUGGCAGCUGUGACCAUUGGAUCAGGCGGAACGUUUGUUGCGACGAACGGUCAGGUUUUUGGAGUGUACUGUGGGCUUUUGUUACUUCAUGCUAUCCUGGCUAGUCUGGCGACAAAGAUCAUUGCAAGAUUACAAUGGCCUUACGUAUUUCUCAAUCUCGCGCUUUUUCUAAUCGUCAUCAUUGCCCUUCCCGCGACAACUCCCCGUGAACUUGUGAAUACUGCUUCGUAUGCCUUCGGUCACUACGAAAACGUAUCUGGAUGGAAUAAUGGAUAUGCUUUCAUUUUGAGCUUCUUGGCUCCGGCGUGGACUGUUGCUGGUUUCGAUACGAGUGUGCACAUCAGUGAAGAGGCCAAAAAUGCUCCUAGAGCAGUCCCCUUCGCAAUCAUGUGUGCGACAAUCUUGAGCUCUUUACUCGGCUGGAUCGUCAACAUUGUAUUGGCGUUCCACAUCGGCAACGACCUGGGAGCAGUGAUCGGGAACCCAAUCGGACAGCCGAUGGCCACUAUAUUCGCCAACUCUGUCGGACCCAAGGGCACAGUGGCAAUCUGGUCCAUCAUUGUCGUUACUUUGUUCAUGACAUCCAUGGAUUAUCUCAUCGCUGGAUCAAGGCAAAUCUUUGCUUUCUCGCGUGACCACGGACUCCCAUUUUCAGGUGUUUUGUACCGCAUCAACUCACGAACUCAAACACCGGUCCACGCUGUCUUUUUCUGCGCGUUCCUGGCUUUACUUUUGGGCUUGAUAUCAUUCGCGGGACCAGUAGCUAUCUCGGCCGUCUUCACGAUGUCGGUGGUCUGUCAAUACAUCGGAUUCGUUACGCCGAUUAUCGCUCGUUUCGUUGGUGGUACUCACUUUGUGAAGGGGCCGUUUGACUUGGGCGUUCUGAGCGGGCCGGUGGCAACUGUUGCCUCAGCCUAUAUGAUUUUCAUGAUCGUCGUCUUCCUAUUCCCCGCCUCUCCAGCUCCUGAGUCGCAAACCAUGAACUAUACUGUAGUGGUCGUAGGUGGCACGAUCUUGCUCUCGCUGGCAUACUACUUUUUCCCAGUGUAUGGUGGCAUGUAUUGGUUCACAGGACCUGUGCACACCAUUGGGGAUUCUGUCAAAGAGGAUAAUAGUAUCGAUAAAAAAAGCGGGGAGGAGGAGAAGGCUCGAUGAUGUACUAAUUACUUGUUCUAGUUCAUUACCAUCAUUACCUUACACACUUAAUACAAGUCCGUCGGCGCAAUACAUGAUUUUCUGGUAUCAGGG